CCUACCUGUUAAUGAUAUGCCCUAAGGUUCCAACCAUACCCGCAACCUUACUCGUAAAAAAAAUAAAUAAAAUAAAUAAAUUGUUUUAAAGAUUUUCCUGACAAACUUAAUUUUCCUAUAAUUAAUACAGCAUUUAUAAUAUUUUUUAAUUUAGUUCCUUAUUGUAAAAGCAAACUUGCCCAAUUCGCAACUGUAGAUCAUCGCCGGUGACUCCAUGAAUCCGAUAGCCACCAAGGUCGCCGUCAUCGGCGCCGGAAUUUCAGGAGCUGUAUGUGCUUCCAAUUUGGCCAAAAACGGCAUCUCCGUCACCGUCUUCGAGUCCGCUAGGGGCCCCGGCGGCCGAAUGUCUCGGAGAAGAGAAAUUACAGAAGAUGGAAGAGAAUUAUACUUUGACCAUGGGGCACCUUGUUUUUCCACAACUAACACCGAGGUGGAGGACAUGAUUAAGGUUUGGGAAGCAAGAGGACUAAUUGCUGAGUGGAAACAGAAUUUUGGAUCAUUUGAUUACAUCACUAAACAAUUUGUCAAUAUUGAAAAGGAAGGAUUAAACAAGAAAUAUGUCGGCAUCCCGGGAAUGAAUUCCAUAUGCAGAGCUUUGUGCAGUGAUCCUGGUAUCGAAAGUAAAUACGGGGUGACGGUUGGGAGUUUGGAGUGGUCGGAGAAUAAGGAUUUAUGGUCGCUAAAAGAUAAGGAUGGACAUGAUCUUGGUCAGUUCAAUGGGGUGGUGGCGUCGGAUAAAAGCACGUUUUCGCAAAGGUUUACACAAGUUUCUGGGAAACCGCCUCCACUUGACCUGAGUUUGACUCCGGGGCUUGCUGACAUUGUUAAAGAAGUUCCCGUUAGACCAUGUUUUGCUCUUAUGUUGGCGUUUGAAAAUCCUCUAUCUUCGAUACCA